GCAACCUCCCAAAAUAAAGAGCAAAGAUUGCAUUAGGAGCGAACAGCGCUGCAGAUAUAGAUGGCAGCUUCGUGUCAGUGAGUUUGCAUCCCCUUUCCUGAUCCACGAACUGGAGUGAUUAGAGUCCUGGAAGGGAAUCGUUGCUCCCGUGAAGUCCCCUUUUCCUGGCAGUCAUCUGCACUGUACACGCUGGAUCCCUCGCUCCAUCCACCCCACUCACUCGCUCCUCUCACCUCCUCUCUCCCUCUCUCCUGCAUUGAUUUUUUCUCUCUCCUUUUUUUAGUUGACUGAAACAAAACAAAACAAAAGGGCCACUGGAUGUCUGCCUUCUUGGGGGGUGAGCCAGACAGACUGACAAACAAACAGACCCAGCUGAGCUCGGGGGAGGGUUUCUCCUCCGGUUUUGCCCGGCAGCAGCAGCAUGGACGUGUUGGCUAGUUAUAGUAUAUUCCAGGAGCUACAACUUGUCCACGACACCGGCUACUUCUCAGCUUUGCCAUCCCUGGAGGAGACCUGGCAGCAGACUUGCCUUGAGUUGGAACGCUACCUCCAGACGGAACCCCGACGGAUCUCGGAGACCUUUGGUGAGGAUUUGGACUGCUUCCUCCAUGCCUCUCCUCCCCCGUGCAUUGAGGAAAGCUUCCGGCGCUUAGACCCCUUGCUGCUCCCAGUGGAAGCCGCCAUCUGCGAGAAGAGCUCUGCGGUGGACAUUCUACUCUCUCGGGACAAGCUGCUCUCUGAGACCUGCCUCAGUCUCCAGCCAACCAGCUCUUCCCUAGACAGCUACACAGCCGUCAACCAGGCCCAGCUCAACGCAGUGACCUCACUAACACCCCCCUCAUCCCCUGAGCUCAGCCGCCAUCUGGUCAAAACCUCACAGACUCUCUCAGCCGUGGAUGGCACAGUGACGUUGAAACUGGUAGCCAAGAAGGCUUCCCUCAGCUCAGUGAAGGUGGGAGGGGUGGCAGCGGCCGCAGCCGUGGCACCAGCUGGCGCAGUUAAGAGUGGACAGAGCGACAGUGAACAAGGAGGGGUAGGGGCUGACACAUGCCCUGAAAACAAGAAGAGGGUCCACCGCUGUCAGUUUAACGGAUGCCGGAAAGUUUAUACAAAAAGCUCCCACUUAAAGGCCCACCAGAGGACUCACACAGGUGAGAAGCCUUACAAGUGCUCAUGGGAAGGAUGCGAGUGGCGUUUUGCACGGAGCGAUGAGCUCACGAGGCACUACAGGAAACACACAGGUGCAAAGCCCUUUAAGUGCAACCACUGCGACAGGUGUUUCUCCAGGUCUGACCAUCUUGCUCUCCACAUGAAGAGACAUAUCUAAACAAAACAAAACAAAAACAAGAGUCAACAACAACAACAAAAACAACAAAACACCAUAAAGGCCAGAGUUGCCAUGGCAUCAGCCAGUGUCCGAAGGAGAUGCCCUGAGGCAGAGGGCUGGACUUCAGGCGGGGAGCACUGCCUCGCAGAAGAAAGUUCUCGCUUACAAACCUCUGUGUACAUACAUGUACACGCACACAUACAUACACCCUCACACACAGACCCACAAACAGACCCACUGUCAUGCACUCAACUAUAUUUAAAGUAUAUAUGUGUAUUUCUUAUGCCUUGCCCUAGCCAGAUGGUAGAAGAUGAGGAAGAAGGAAGCCAGGUGAACUCAGCAAGGCGCUGGCUGCUGACUCCACCCCUAUUGGAUUUACUUCCUGCUGUUGCCAAUGGAAAGAAAGCAAACAAACAGGACGUCUCUACA